AUGGAUCCGGCGGUAGCACGUGCUGCGGAAGCGUCCAGCAUCCUGUGCGCGUUUGGCAUUAGUAAUUUGUUCUUCCCUCGUUGUUCACUUAAUGUGGAUUCAACGCGUGCUAAUAUACGCUUCGUGUUUUGCGGUUUUUUGUUUUCUAAAAUUUUGCCCGUUAUACCGUGUUAUAUCAUACGGCGAAAGUGGCAAGGUGACCCGAACAUACUCAUUGAUCGCUUCGAUGUCCGCGCACAUCUUGACUACAUUCCGGAAACGAAAGUGGAUUUGAAUGACAGCGGCUCUGCCCGUUGCUACGCAGCGGGGGCAACAAUGGAUGUUGAGGAGUUGCAGUGCGAAUAUGAGAGGUAUCGUAUUCUUGUGCUCAACGAGUUCGAAAGAGGUAGGCUUUGA